GAUUAAAGCAAUUCAUUCAUCCCUAUUCAGCAUAACAUCAGUGGGGGGUUUUUGGCAGUGAACAUUUCAUAUUUCCAGACAUUGUCCAACGUUCUAAAAUAUUACUUUUAGUAGGCUUCAUUCAAUAUAUUUUUGUGCGUUGAUUCAUUGUGAUAUUAAUUAACUUGGCCUUAUUAUAGUGUAGUUGCUAUAAGAAAUGCAUAUAUUAGGCCCUACAUAUUUAUGCAUAUAUUCCCACACUUCAACGGUCCAAAAUAACCUAUUCUGACAAACAUUUAUUAAUCCUCAUCCUAAUAAAAAAUGUAAUUAUCCGUGGUCAAGUUCAAUCCUUUAUACAUGUUUUGAUUGUCCUGUGUCAUUUCUCACACACUGGCAUGCAACGUAGCUCCCAGGUGGUGGAACGGUCUACGUCUAAACCUUGCAGUAUAGAUACGACAACGGAAAAGUAUGGGUGCUGACUCAGGUGCCAUCUGACGCGAUUCAGAAAUCUAUUUAGAAUUUGACCGCGACCGAUCUGCGCGCGUCGUUGGUCCGUCGGCGAAACGGACGUUACUACUGCCAAUGUGCGCACUUCAUCCGUCCUUUCGUGAGGGUGGCGGCCUCAGUGCUACAGACCCACCGCCAUGCCCAGGUGUCCCACCCGCGAGGUCUGUGUUGAUUGGUGUUAUGUUCGCAUACGACCCGCCGAUACGACCCGCUUAAACAGUGAGUGUGAUGUGAAGCAGAAUGCACGGAGUAGGGAGGUAAUUAAUAAACAGGCUGCCAUUGCUCUGAUGAAGCUUUCCAGAAGGUGAACUUGAAUUACCGGACAGAGAAUGGUCUGUCUCUGUUACAUCUCUGCUGUAUAUGUGGAGGCAACAAAGUUCACAUCCGGACCCUGAUGCUGAAAGGCCUGCGUCCCUCCCGGCUGACCAGAAAUGGGUUCACUGCUCUGCACCUUGCUGUUUAUAAGGACAACGCAGAGCUGGUGACGGCGUUGCUCCACGGAGGAGCAGACAUCCAGCAGGUUGGCUACGGCGCCCUAACUGCCCUGCAUAUCGCGACUCUCGCCGGCCACCACGAGGCAGGGGAUAUUCUUCUCCAACACGGAGCCUAUGUCAAUGUACAGGAUGCCGUGUUCUUCACUCCUCUGCAUAUCGCAGCUUACUACGGCCAUGAGCAGGUGGCUAAGCUGUUGUUAAAGUUCGGGGCAGACGUGAACGUGAGUGGAGAGGUGGGCGACCGGCCGUUACACCUGGCAGCUGCUAAGGGCUUCCUCAGCGUCGUCAAACUGUUGCUGGCAGACGGGAGCAGGGCUGAGGUGAACGCUCAGGACAAUGAGGACCAUGUGCCGCUCCACUUCUGUGCUCGUUUCGGACAUCAGGAAGUGGUCCGCUUCCUGCUGCAAGGCAAUUUUGACCUGCGACCUCACUCUGUCAACAUCUACGGGGACACCCCUCUUCACCUGGCCUGUUACAAUGGCAAAUUUGAGGUGGUGAAGGAGAUCGUGCAGCUGUCUGGCACAGAGAGUCUGACCAAGGAGAACAUAUUUAGCGAGACCGCCUUUCACAGUGCCUGCACCUACGGGAAGAACCUGGACAUGAUCAAGUUCCUGCUCAGUCAGAACCCCGUGAGCAUCAACCAUCAGGGCAGAGAUGGACACACAGGUCUGCACAGUUCGUGUUUCCAUGGCCACAUCCGUUUGGUCCAGUUCUUAUUGGACAAUGGGGCCGACAUGAACCUGGUGGCCAGUGACCCCAGCCACUCCAGUGGGGAGAAGGAGGAGCAGACCUGCCUCAUGUGGGCCUAUGAGAAAGGACACGAUGCCAUCGUCACUCUGCUUAAACACUACAAACAUCCUCUGGACGACUCCCCCUGCAACGAGUACUCUCAGCCUGGAGGAGAUGGGUCUUAUGUGUGUGUUCCGUCCCCCCUGGGGAAGAUCAAGAGCAUGACCAAAGAAAAAGCAGAUGUCCUGCUUCUCCGUGCCAGCCUGCACUCCAGUCUCCAACUACAACUGUCUGACCUUGAGUUCCAUGAGAUCAUUGGCUCUGGCUCCUUUGGAAAGGUCUAUAGAGGCAAGUGUCAAAACAAAGUUGUAGCCAUCAAAAGGUAUCGAGCCAAUACAUACUGUUCCAAGUCCGAUGUGGACAUGUUCUGCCGGGAGGUGUCCAUCCUGUGUCGUCUGAACCACCCCUGUGUCGUCCAGUUCGUGGGCGCAUGUCUCGACGACCCCAGCCAGUUUGCCAUCGUCACCCAGUACAUCUCCGGGGGCUCCCUGUUCUCCCUGCUGCACGAGCAGAAGAGAAUCAUCGACCUGCAGUCCAAGCUCAUCAUCGCCAUCGACGUGGCCAAGGGCAUGGAAUACUUACACAACCUGACUCAGCCUAUCAUCCACAGGGAUCUGAACAGUCACAACAUUCUUCUGUAUGAGGACGGACAUGCUGUGGUAGCUGACUUUGGAGAAUCUAGGUUCCUGUUAUCUGAGGUUGCGGACAAUAUGACCAAGCAACCAGGGAACCUGCGCUGGAUGGCCCCGGAGAUCUUCACGCAGUGCACCCGCUACACCGUCAAGGCGGACAUGUUCAGCUAUGCCCUGUGUCUAUGGGAACUGCUCACUGGAGAGAUUCCCUUUGCCCACCUGAAGCCUGCUGCCGCUGCUGCAGACAUGGCCUACCACCACAUCCGGCCUCCUAUUGGCUACUCCAUCCCAAAACCCAUCUCUGCUAUGCUAAUGACGGGCUGGAACAUCUGUCCAGAGGACAGACCAGAGUUCUCUGAAGUACUGGCCAUCCUCGAGGAAUGUCUAUGUAAUGUAGAGUUGAUGUCCCCGGCCUCCAGUAACAGCAGCGGCUCCAUGUCCCCCUCAGGCUCGUCGGAUUGCCUGGCGAGGGGCAGUCCUGGGCGGAGCCACGUGGCCGCCCUCCGCUCCCGGUUCGAGCUGGAGUACGCCCUCAACGCCCGCGCCUACACCGUUUGGACUCAGAGCGAGGGACGACGUGAUUCCCAAGGUCCAUCUCUGGAUGAACUGAGGCGGAAUAUGCAGUUCCCACCCUUUGACCGAAAUGGGUAUGUGUCAGAUCCCAUGAGCACCAUGCGUUUCCAUUCCAACUGUAGCAGCAGCGGCAGCUUUGAAGACAGCAACUAACUGACUGAAUGGAUAGGAGGUCUUCCAACAUGAAGAACCUCGACACAACCACACGGAGCAGUUCAUCACGCAUUUAUUUUGGGUCCACUUUGGGUGAAGUGAUAUUAGUUAGAGUAGAUUGUUACACUGUAAAUGUUCUUAAAGUUUUACAUCAAGGAGACUGCUUUGAUUUCAUUAUUUAAAAAAGUCUACAAUUAAAAGGCUACAUUUUAUGUCUUGCUUUAAUGUGUAGUUGCUUUUCUCAGUUAGUUUUUUUGUUAUGUAAUGUGCAUUGAGCAUAAUGAAUGCACUCUACCAAUGAAAUAUUAUUAUUCUUAUUUGAACAUUUCGUACCAGGUUUGCUCAAUUUAUGAUGUUGAAAUAAAUAGCUUGUAUUGUGGUUUGAA